AUGCAUCCUGGAUGGAAUGAGACCUAUAUCGAUCCCGAGGGAUACUGUGGAGGUAGCAUGCUAGCGCAGCAACACUGUAAUAUUGUAUUGCUAUUGAUUAAUGUCAAAAGAGAAAAGCAAACAAGCAGUUUAAAUAGUUUUGACUUUUGGUCAGCAGUAUUUCAAUUUUCGUUAACCCGCGCAACGAAGAGUUGCCGACGAGACUUAACUUUAACAAUGGAUGAGCUACGUGAUUUUUUUAAAAAUCCAUGCCCAUCGGCAGCUCAACUUAUUAGACUCAAGCCUCCUAUUACUGGUGGGCAUCGUGUAACUAAAGAUGACCAAAUAAAUGACCUAAACAGACGUGAGGAACAUAGACAUUCAGUUGUUCCUUCAGGCACGGACUACGCUCGAGAAAUUAAAGAGAGAGAAACAGAAAUUUACUUAAGGAAUGAAAGAGAACGGGAGUCAUUUGACAGCAUUUCUGGAGGCUUAGAUUCUUUGGAGCAAUUGUCGUCCUGGGGUGCAUCUACACAAAAUUUAGAGAACUUAACAGAAGAAGCUAUGACUCAGGUGUAUAACAAGUACUCCUUUAAAUUGAGAGAAGACACAAAGAAUCUGGCUAUACAUGCAUACCAGGAGAAGAUUCUAGACAGAAUCAAGGCUUUUCCAGUUGUUAUAAUUGAAGGACCCACAGGGUGUGGUAAGACAACUCAAGUGCCACAGUGGAUUCUUGAUGAUGCAUAUAACAAUAGAAAACCAUGUAAAAUUGUUGUGACUCAACCCAGGAAAAUAGCAGCUAUAUCCAUUGCAAGAAGAGUAGCUCAAGAAAGAGGAUGGGAUGUGGGUGGCGUUGUUGGUUACCAGGUUGGACUUGAAAAUAGAACUACAACAGAUACAAGAAUUCAUUAUGUGACAACAGGUGUAUUGCUUCAAAAACUUGUAAAUGCAAAAAAUAUGAAUGAAUACACUCAUGUCAUACUCGAUGAAGUCCAUGAACGUGGUCAAGAAAUGGAUUUUCUUCUGUUAGUGGUUAAAAAGCUGCUGUACACAGUUUCGCCUAGAGUCAAAGUAGUUCUUAUGUCAGCUACAUUCAAUUCUAAAGCUUUUGCGGACUACUUCUUUAUCCCUACACCUCGAGGCCAUCAAAUGUCGUCGUGUUUGAAUGUUACAAGUGAUAGACCAAUGUUCACUGUCAAAACUUUUUAUUUGAACCACCUUACUAAGUUUGGAAGUCUAAUUCAACAAGUGACACCCAAAAACAAUGAACCAAUGAUUAUGCCAGAAGCACACCACUUAGUUAUUAAACUUGUGAAUGCAUUCGAACACAUUGACACGCAAGAGGAGUAUACUGAAAGAGAAGGUGCAGAUUUGCCUUCUGUUCUCAUAUUCCUACCAGGUAUACAUGAGAUAGAGGAACUGUAUGCUUGUUUGAUGGACACUGACUUGAGAAAGAAAAUAGCAGAUGCUGAAUGUGCAAAGUACAAUUGGUGGGUGUUGCCACUGCACUCCACAAUCACGGCAGAUGAACAAGUGCGGGUAUUUCAAAGAGCCCCGCCAGGCCAUAGGAAGAUCAUUCUAGCCACUAACAUUGCAGAGAGCUCUAUAACUGUACCUGAUAUUAAAUACGUCAUCGAUUUCUGUCUAAUGAAAGUGUUGGUAGCCGAUCAGAACACAAAUUUCACAUCACUUCAGUUGUCCUGGGCGUCUAAAAGUAAUUGUGAGCAAAGAGCGGGGCGGGCGGGGCGUGUUCGUGAUGGACGCGUUUAUAGAUUGGUUACCGAUAAAUUUUUUGAUUCGUUUUCACAAGAUUGUCAGCCGGAAAUCGUCAGAUGCCCAUUAGAACGAUUGGUACUCUUAGCUAAAAUGUUAAACAUGGGCCCUCCAAGUGAGAUCCUGGCGUUAGCAAUGGACCCGCCCGAUAUGUCCAACAUACACCGCACGAUUUUGGUGCUUAAAGAGAUGGGAGCACUAAUGAAGACUAUUGAUGAAGAAUGGUCUAAUUCAGACGGCGACAUCACAUACAUGGGGCGUAUUAUGGCAAAGCUACCUAUAGAUGUCAGAUGCUCUAAACUUAUUGUCCUAGGAUAUGUAUUCGGUUGCUUAGAAGAGUGCGUUAUUAUGGCCGCGGGAAUGUCAGUGAAGAAUGUAUUCAGCAGUCCGUUUAGAGAGCGACUAAACGCUUACAACUCUAAGCUGACGUGGGCUGACGGCUCUACGAGUGACAGCAUCGCGCUAUUGAAUGUUUAUAAGGUGUGGAACCACCUCCGUCAACAAAGAUAUUUUAAGCAACAAGGCACAAGCGAAGUGCAAUGGGCGCGCCGAUUUUACAUACAAAUACGAGCGUUGAAGGAACUGGAUGAUAUGGUGCGGGAACUGCGCAUGCGCUGCUCUAGGGAAGGGAUUGAGCCCUUAAAGGGAAACUCCCCGUGGGAUAAACAAGAAGUGCCCUUGGUCCUUAAGGUAUUACUAGCGGGCGCGUUUUACCCUCAAUAUUUCGUGCAAGCGGGCACAGACGAGGAACGCGAAAGGGACGCAGUGCGCAUUCUGGGUGGUCUAGAUCCAAGGAACACAGUGUACUUGAGGGAAUUCCCCGAUAAUCAACCUGGUAUCGUCUAUUCCACAGCAAUUAAAAACAUUAUAAAACAGCACAUUGGUGAUGAACCUAGAGUCACCUUUGAUAAUAAUAGCAGAAAGGUGUACUUGACUUUCCAAGACAACAGCCAGAAUUCUAUGACCGACAAAAAUAAGGGUGGUGAUCCUACUAUACCUGGACAAGUGGUAUUGUCAGUAUACAAAGCGGUCAAAGCGCGCCAAUUGAAUAUGAAUAUUAGACUUCCUUUGUUACCAAUUGAUAAAGCCGAGGCUCUCGCUGCGGCAAUGAAAUCGUUAAAGGAAAGUAUGGACCUGAACAACAUGGUGCCGCGUUUGCCCUCCAUUGAUGACACUUACUUCCGUCUGAAGAUAUCACAAUUAAUCAACGUGGGAAAAUUCUGGGUGCAAUACGAUGAGGAGUCAACCGAGAACGAACUUCGCCAGAUACAAGCAUCCCUCAAUAAAAAGAGCUCACUGCUGUGCCCGAGCUCUAUCACAGUGGAUAUGGUGGUGGCGGCGCCCUACGCGGACGAGAGGGGCACUAUGCUGUAUAGGGCUCGGGUGACUAAGAUACUGCCCAGAGAUAUGUUGGAGGUGCUUUACAUCGACUACGGCAGCGUAGGCAUGGUGGCGGCGGGCAGCGUGCGCGAGGUGGGCGCGGGCGGCGCGCGCGUGCCGCCGCUGGCGCUGCAGUGCGCGCUGGCGGGCGUGGCGCCGGCGCCGCUGCACGGCCACGCGCACUGGCCGCCGCAGGCGCUGCGCCUGUUCACCGAGCUGGUCGCGCGCGGCCGCCUCAUGGGCAAGAUUUACUCAGUGACACAUGGAAUAGUCCAUAUAGAACUGCUUGCCGAGGAAGGCAAAAUUAAUAUCAAUAAAGAAUUGAUUGCCAAGAAUUUCGCUGUGCCGUGCGAAGAGAGCUAUGAGUCGAAGUUAAAUCACGAUUUGAGGCAAACUGCAACGGAAUUAAAUCUGGCCCAAAGACGUGCAUACAAUAAGGAGCAAACCGAACUUGCCUGCAGUCAGUUUCUAGAUAUAGAACCGCCUAACUACAAAGAGUGUAUAUCCGACGUUCAACUAAAAGGACCUAACAGUCCAUUGGAGUCGAGACUGCACAACUUAAUGUAUGCAAGUCGCGACAAGCUUGUGCAAGUGGAAUCCAGCUCCGUCAAUGGUGUGCUUCUGGACACCGAGCCCCAGGAAAUAUAUGAAAGGUUGCUAGUGGCAGGGGAUGUGGGACAGAACGAGAUCGGCAGCAGGCUGACCCUGCGGCACACCACCCUCAUGCCCAACAUCCGAGGCCUGCCCGCCAUACUCGCCUUGCUGUUUUGUCCUGAGGCCGAGCUGCGACGCAACAAGGCGUGCACGCGCUACGUGAGCGUGCUGUGCGGGCUGGGCGCCAACGCGCACCACGCGCCGCUCUUCCCCGAACACGACCUGCUUGUCAACGUGGACGCCGAUCUAGACGUGAAUGAUAUUGCUGCCAUAAACCAUAUACGGUAUUUAUUGGACCACAUGUUGUCGUGCGAAGACGGCGAGGACGUUCCUACUACAGAUGACGAAUUCAGAAUUAAUGUGCCAAAAUUGAUUCGUAACGAUCUGUUACAACUGCUGAAGCGUCGCCGCAAGCACCGCGAGCCGGAGAGCGUGGUGGGUGCGUGGGAGUGGGGCACGGCGCCGGCCGACGAGCUGCUGGAGGUGGACGCCGCCACGCUGCCGCGCCGCCCGCUGCUGUACGUGCUGCACGCGCCGCUCGACCUGCGCGCCGCCGACCGCGAUCUGCUGCUGCAGCUCAAGCGGGACGUGGACGAGCUGCGCCUCGUCGUCGCCAGGACGUCAAUAUCCUCUACGGUAAAUUUAGUGUGCAAGUUGUGCGGGACACCGCCCAUGCCCACGCACGCCAUGCGCAUACACCUGUGCUCUAACUCACACCAGGAGAAGGAAGAGGAAGAUUUCCGCGUGCUGCAGUCA